CCCAUGCUCUCCGCUCGUAUUCUCGCUGUAGGGAUUUCAUGUAUUAUUUCUCUGGUCGCCGCUUUGCGUCUGGCUCGCAGGCGUGCCUACCCUUUGCCUCUGCCACCUGGCCCUCGUGGCUUACCAUUCUUGGGCAACGCACUCCAAAUGAACGCUAAACGACCUUGGCUCACAUACACUGCGUGGGGAAAGACAUUUGGAAAAAUUAUUCACUCUCGCGUCCUUGGGAUCGACAUGAUCAUCAUAAGCUCCGAAACGAUCGCGCGGGAGUUGGUGGACGGGCGUUCUGCAAUUUACUCGGAUCGUCCCGUUAUUCCUACCAAUGCAAUGGCAGGACUGACUUUCAACACUGUGCUCCUUCCGUAUGGCGAGACUUGGCGACAACAUCGCAAGAUCUUCCAUCAAGUGCUUCGGCCUGAAGCCUCUGCCUCAUACCGGGAGUUGUUCUCUCGCCACGCGAAUGAACUAGUCUUCAACCUUUUGAAUGCAACCAGUGACAUGCACAAACCCACUCAGGCAUACACGGCAUCCCUGAUCAUGGCCUUGACAUACGGACACGCUACUUACGGACUUCAAGACCCAUUCCUUGCCCGCGCGAAUGAACUCCUUGGUAUUGCCACACAUCUUCUGUCGCCCGAGAGGGCUGCCAUAUUCACAGCCCUUCCUUUCCUCAAAAAGUUGCCAACUUGGUGCUUUGGUGGAGACUAUGCCCUUCUGGGACGCUGUAGAGAAUUAGGUCAGCAGCUUUUGAACGAGCCCUUUAACGAAGUGAAGACACAGAUGGCAAAUGGUACUGCUUCACAGUCAUUAGUCGCUGACUUCCUCAGUCAAUCUGACGACAACGCUGAUGAAGACACGAUGAAGGCUGUCGCGUUGAUGGGGUACAUAGGCGGCAUAGAUACGACUACAUCCGCCUUGCAAACAUUCCUGAUGGCUAUGGUGCUCUAUCCUGACAUCCAAGCCCGGGCUCGUGAAGAACUCAAUCAAGUUGUGAGCCAUGAUAAAAUACCAUGCAUUGAUGAUAAAGCAUCACUACCCUACCUUGACGCCAUUCUGCGCGAGGUUCUGAGAUGGUUUCCUCCCGUACCCCUAGGAAUGGCACAUGCGACAACGAGUGAUGAUAUUUACGGCGGAUACUUUAUACCCAAAGGUGCGGUGGUAAUGGUUAAUCAGUGGGCACUGUCUCGGGACGAAAACACGUUUCCCGACGCAUCACGCUUCGAUCCUAAUCGGCAUCUCACAGCUGAUGGGCAGUUGAAGGACCAUUUCGUCAAUCAUUUUGCCUUUGGUAAUGGCAGGCGCGUGUGUCCUGGUCGUUGGUUCGCAGAGAACAGUCUGUGGACUGCAUGCGCUACCAUACUCUCCGUCUUGCGCGUCGAUUAUGCCAAGGACUCAAAUGGAGAAAAGAUUGACAUAAAGCCGGAAACCACCACCGGCAUGCAGGUCCGCCCGAAGCCUUUCCGGUGCUCAUUCGAAAUCGUCAAUACAACGAGAGAAAGGCAGCUUCGAGACAUGAUGGAUUUAAAGUAGACGGUUGUACGCUUAGCAUUGGUUAGGUUCUCUGUAUGUACGAUCACAAAUGAUUGAACAGCGGCACAGUGUCAGCUGAGCGCUGAGGGUCUCCUCUGUAAAUAGUGUCGAUGACCUUU